AUGUCGAAGAACUCUAAACAAAGUGAGGAUGUCUUAUUUAUGGUGAAACAUGUGCGUCACAAAAAAGUUGAUGGAACUUUGUAUGUAAAUUCUGGAAGAAUUGCGUGGCGAAAUCAGACAUCCGAUACUUUCAGAAUUAGUGCAGCAUUUGAAGACAUUCGAAUGCAACGCGUUAGUCUGGAUAGCAGAGAAAAGGUUCAGUUGCAGUUACUUAUGCACAGUGGCGAGUCCUUUACUUUCCACUUCGCCGAUCCCGCCGGCCAAAAAAAGCAAAUUGAGGCACGUAACAAAGUUAAAGAAGUAUUGCAACAGAUGCUACCCAAAUUUAAAGAUAAGGCUCAUGUUGAACUUAAUGAAAAAUUUUGCAUUCUGGAAUCGAAUCCUCACUUAUUGGCCUUAUAUAAGGAACUAGUAGUUACUGGUAUCUUAAGUUCUGAGGAAUUUUGGGCUCGUCCGGAGUUUUCACAAGCCAAAUCAAUCGGUUCUGUGGAAUCUGUGGCGUCAGGUGUUUCGAAGGAUGAAUAUGUGCCUCCACAAUGGAUCUCCAGUAAAGGUAUUUCACUUAGUUUGGUUCCCGAACUACCUCAAGUCGCCGGUGUAUCAAGUUGUCUCCUCAGUGAUAUCAAACCGGAGAUGGAUGGGGCAAACAGUAUACGCUAUAACCUUACCAAGGAUUCUAUUGAUGCAAUUUUCCGAGCCUACCCAGCCGUUCGUCAGCGGCACAAGGAACUUGUUCCUGACAAACUCACAGAGCCAGAAUUCUGGAAUAAGUUUUUUCAAUCUCAUUACUAUCACAGAGAUCGAGCAGUUAUUAAUAAAGAUGACAUUUUUAAUGACUGUGAUGAAGUGGAUGAAAAAAUGCUGCACUCCGAAUUCCUUCGCUGUAGGAGAAUGCGAACUGUUAGUCAUCUGGAUUUUGAUAGUCUCGAAGAUCAUUCAGUCGGUGAAGGUUAUGGUCUAGAUCUUCCAGAGCAAUCACAAUUAUCUCCUUCAAAUUCCAAGCAGAGGGGUAACACAAACCAACUCCUCAUUCACAGAUUUAACAAGCACUCGAAUCUUAUUCUUCGCUCCCAGGCAAAGCAUACGGCUAUGACCGCACCGGCUAAACCCUCCAUGGAUUCAACUUAUCGAGAUCUUGCUUCUUCUGGAACCCUCAAGCGUAAACUCACUGUUCCUGCUGCUGCUAUUGAAGACCCUAGUAAAAAGCCGCGAGAAAGUAUAACCCUCUCUGUAACUAAGGACUACUUCCAAAACCCCAUUACUUUUAAUCAGGCCUCCCCAAUCUCUCAGGGUCUUAGCCAAAGUCAAGCCAGACAAGCUUUAGCAGCUUGUCAGGCCUCCCUUGGUGUGUCCAAUGGUGGCAACCGACCAACUCUCAAUUACGCAGAUGUCCAGUCAGCCAUUGCAGAUGUUUCAGCCGGUGGUUGUUUAACAACGGGAGGGAAGACCGCUUCAGGGGAAAAAACUGCAGGAACUCCGUCUUCUGUCCUUAUGCUUCUUUCUACGGAACAGUCUAAAGAGUUGAGUAUGCUUAUCUCGGCUGCUGGAGAACUACUGAGGCACUUUUGGGUCUGUUUGCCAACUACAUCGAUAGCGAUGGCGGAGAAGAUUAUUCGUAUUCACGAUAGUCUACUGCGCUUUGAGACCAAUAAGCUGAUACCGUUUAUUGAGUCGAUUGAGUCGACACUCUCAAAUGCUGGCGUGAGGGGAGGUUCAGGGUUGAAUGGAUCCUAUCGUUGUCAAGUUACGGCCCACUUGGAGUCGCUGAUUAAUGCUGCUAAAAGUAUGUUCCGUGAUUGGAAAUUAGGACAACAGAGAGCUGCUAGAAGUCAAUGA